CUGUCGCACCGGGCAUGCUCAGUGGCGCGUCCGGCUGGGUGGCCCCGAGAGCUGCACCCGGAUCUGUUCGGCGGCGGCGGCGACGUGAGCGCGCAGGGGGGCGGCGGCCUCGCCUUGUCUCUCUCUUCACGCCGGGGUCGGGUGAGUGACGCCAAGCGCCAGAGAGAUGUCGGAUUUCGACAGUAACCCAUUUGCGGACCCGGAUCUCAACAACCCCUUCAAGGAUCCAUCAGUUACACAGGUGACAAGAAAUGUUCCACCAGGACUUGAUGAAUAUAAUCCAUUCUCGGAUUCUAGAACACCUCCACCCGGCAGUGUGAAGAUGCCUAAUGUACCCAAUACACAACCAGCAAUAAUGAAACCAACAGAGGAACAUCCAGCUUAUACACAGAUUGCAAAGGAACAUGCCUUGGCCCAAGCUGAACUUCUUAAGCGCCAGGAAGAACUAGAAAGAAAAGCUGCAGAAUUAGAUCGUCGAGAACGAGAAAUGCAAAACCUCAGUCAACAUGGUAGAAAAAAUAAUUGGCCACCUCUUCCUGGAAAUUUUCCUGUGGGACCUUGUUUCUAUCAAGAUUUUUCAGUAGACAUUCCUGUAGAAUUCCAAAAGACAGUAAAGCUUAUGUACUACUUGUGGAUGUUCCAUGCCGUAACACUGUUUCUAAAUAUCUUCGGAUGCACAGCUUGGUUUUGUGUUGAUUCUUCAAGAGGGGUUGAUUUUGGAUUGAGUAUCCUGUGGUUCUUGCUGUUUACUCCUUGUUCAUUUGUCUGUUGGUACAGACCACUUUACGGAGCUUUCAGGAGUGACAGUUCAUUCAGAUUCUUUGUGUUCUUCUUCGUAUAUAUUUGUCAGUUUGCUGUGCAUGUACUCCAGGCUGCAGGAUUUCACAAUUGGGGCAAUUGUGGCUGGAUUUCAUCCCUUACUGGUCUCAACCGAAAUAUUCCUGUUGGAAUCAUGAUGAUCAUCAUAGCAGCACUUUUCACAGCAUCCGCAGUCAUCUCACUAGUUAUGUUUAAAAAAGUACAUGGACUAUAUCGCACAACAGGUGCUAGUUUUGAGAAGGCCCAACAAGAGUUUGCAACAGGUGUUAUGUCCAACAAAACUGUCCAGACUGCAGCCGCAAAUGCAGCUUCAACUGCAGCAACCAGCGCAGCUCAGAAUGCUUUCAAGGGUAACCAGAUCUAGAGUCAUCAGACAGUCCACUGUUACUUUCUGACUGUAUUUCUUCUCCAGUUACUGUAUUCUACAGAUAUUUUUAUGUUCAAAAUACACAGUACACACAGCAUGGAUAUUUCCUGUUCACGUGUGCAUGGGCUAAAAUCGGAAAAACUUACUUAUUACUUAAUAGUUUCUUAAUAUUUCAGUGCCCCUUGCAGAAAAAAAUAUUACAUGCUAAAUAUUCUCCAUAUUUUUUGGGGGAUGAUGUUCAGAGAAUUAUUUCAGUGGUGACACACUGAAAUUAACAUGGUACUUAUGAUUAAAAAUGCAUUUAAUACUAACUGCGGUAGUUUUCAAGAAUCUUUAGAGAUAAGGAUUAUACAUUGGAACAGUAAAGCUAUGUUUUUCCCCUAUUUAUAAAAUAUUGAAAGAAAUAGGCCAUCAGGUACUUAAGGAUUUUUAAAUUGGCUUGCUUUUUAGCAGUUUCAGUCACCAGUGAAAAGCCUACGUGCAUUUUGUAGUAGAUAAUGUGAAUUUUAUCUUCUUUUUAUGUUCUUUUUUUAGAGUAGUUGAUAUUUUGAUAACAAUCUCUGAUCUUGCAUGAGUACCACAUUUCUAAAAAGAGUUAGUAUUGGGGGCUCUGUACUGCCUAUGGUUAUGGGAUUCAGAAGUUCAUGGAAUCAUAGAAAUGAUUUUCUGUAAUAGUUUCUUUUAAAUUAGAAUUUAUUGGGGUACAAUAUGAGAAUUCAACAUAAUACGCAGUGCGUUAUCCAAAACAGAUGGUAGUUACCUGAUGCAGUAGAAUGUAGUGGUGAUAAUUCCUUUUUCUUUUUAAGUUUUGGUAUUCAUAUAGUAAAAUUUUACUGUAUGGAAACUUUGGUAUAUUCUGUGGCUACUCUUUCAUUGAACUAAGAUUGUGUUUGACAGCUCUUUUUAGAGAUAUGUGUGUGUGUGUAAUUUUUAAUAGAGGUUAAAAGGCUAGCUUAACCUUUGUCUAAAAAGAACGUACAGUGUUGAACGGAUUUUUCUUUUAGCCUUUCAUCUCUAAAAAUAAAAAGACCCUGGCAUUUUUCAUAUACUUGAAUCUCUAAGUCUUUCACUUUUUGAGACAGACUGAAUACAUCUAAAAUUUUCAGCAAUAGAAAAAAUAACGUUUAACUUGCACUAAGCAAGAAAAUACAAGUCAGUUAAAAGCAUUAAAUGCAGUUGUUACUAUGCAGCACCCAACUUCAUUCUUAUAGUAUAUUUGGGUCAAACUUAGAAUUGUUUUUAAUGGUGAUUAAAUGACUCCAAGUCCUUAGUAACUCAUGCUACUCUGUUUUGAAAGUCUUUAAUUUAAGAUUGCAGAAUGAUAACCAAUGAUUACUUGAUUUUAAGAAAAGAUUAUAUUAUUUGAGAUUGUAAAUCAUAUUUUAAAAAAAUAUAUGGGUAUAAAUGGUUAAAUCACUUUCAUUCUCCCCUAAUCUGGAGUUUAAGUAAAUUUCACACCAGGAGGUUGGAUGCCAACUUCUCACUACUUACAAAGAAGCUCUGUCUGUUACUAGGUAACACAGAUCCACCCAGAUGGUGUUUACAUUUGAUUUAUUUGGACCUUUAUUGAAAUGAAAUGUAAUGGGAGAAGAUAUUUCUUUUUUUUCUUCAGAGUAUGCAUUUAAUGCUGUUCUUGCGACUAUUUCUCAUCAGUGAUAAUUUCCACUUACAUUUUCAAUCAGCUAAGCCACUUCAAGUUUUUCAGAGCCUGUACUUUUAUUGAAAAUCUUUUUGAUCACAUGCUUUAUUGAGCGUGGAUUUUACACACCUUCAAAACGUGAACCACAAAAUAAAAGAACACUUAAACCCACCAUUAACUUAUGUCCCAAGCCCAUUUUUAGUUUUUUUAAACUACAAAUAAAAGAUAUAUUAGAGACUUUUGACAACUACUGAGAUACUUUCCUUCAGAAUUAGUGUUUCUAUUAUAUAGAAAUCCCCAAAGUUAGCAUUACUAAAUAGCAAAGAAUAAUUACAACUCAACAGUAUUUUUCCCCCUGUGGAUGGAGAAAAUGUUUUAAAAUCCAGUUAUUUGGGUUAAUACGUGUUUGAGAGGGAAAAUUAUGUUUUUUAAAAACAUAUGUGUGCAUUAACAUGCCAAUGCUUACAGUUUCAUCAGGUAUGAGCGGAUCUUUAAAUUCUUAUAUUCACUAUUACUAAUGAUAAUCAGUAAAUAUUUACAUUUUUACUCAGUAAAAGAUUGGCAUUCGUUAGUGUUUUAUAUUUAAGACUAAAAUUGCAGUUAUGACAUGGUCUUCCUUGUGUCAUUUUUCAGUUUGCAAUAUUAAAAACAUGGCUGUUUUAUUUCAAGCCAUAGUUUGAACACUGGAAAAUCAUUGCUCAGUGAUUUGUAAUUUGGAACUUGGAUUAUUUAUCUAGGAAUGUUUGUAUAUUUUUGUCAGUGAGUGAUAUUGUGCUGCCGUCAUGGUGACUGUCACAGUUCUGUAUAAAUGCUCUCCAUCUGUCCCUCUACUGUUGCAUGUUCUCAGUGGGUUGGAAGUUUUGUAUAUUUAUUGUAUUAUCACAGAGUGUCAUAAAAUAAAAUUCUGUUUACUGGA